AUGGCCGCCACUGCCUCAGAGCCGCCCAUGGUGGAGCAAGUGAUCACCGAGUUCUUUGCCAAGAGCCUCCACAUCAUCCUGGAGUCCCGCUCGCCCUACGAAUCAUCACGCAGCUUCACGCGGCCUUCACCGCCAUCUUCGCCGCUCUCUGGCAGCCAGCCACGGGACAGGUGGUUCAACCUUGCCCUCCGGGACUGCCCAGCUGCACUUGAGAACUUUGACCUGUGGAGACAGAGCAAUCUUGAGCCAUUGGUUAUUGAUAUUGUGAUGCUCCGGCGUGACAAUCCCAACACUACCUGUGCUGAGGGUGGCAAGAUCAUAGAGAGGUGGGUGAUACAGUAUGAAACCAGCAAGCCUGGCAGUGGCAAUGGUAAUGGCAGCAAGAACCAUAGCAGGAAGUCUAGGAACAGCCCGGCUGAGGAUCAUAGCUUGUACAGGAGUACAUACAAGGGCUCAACAGUGUUACUUCGGUCAUUGCAUCUGGUUGUCAGGCUCUUGCCAGCCUACAAUCUCUUCAGGGAGUUGAAUUCAUCUGGGAGAAUCCGUCCACUUAACCUGUCACACAAGAUAUCAUCAUUCGUCGAGCCGUUUACUAGGGCAGAGGAUGCAGAGAUGAAGCACUAUGCAUUUGCUCCAAUUGAAACUCUGUUUGGCCGCCUGAGCUUGUCAGUUUCUUAUGUGCCAGUGCUGGAGGUGGUGGCAGCACCAGAGCCAACCACACACAUGUCAACAGAGCUUAUAAUGGAUUAUGUCGGGAGCCCCACAACAGACUUCCUCAGGACGUUCAAUUCCCUGCCUUCAGAUGGCAUUGCACCUGAUUGUGCUGCAAUGACUAGGCGUCACAGUUGGAGUAUUGACCCUGGAGCUAGACCAUCGGUAUCACCAUCUCCUCUUUUGCAUGAUAGUCCUCUAACACGUUUGCAUCCACAUAGCACAAUAUCCUCUGGGAAGAAAAAAAGUACAGGAUUUGAAGACUGCUAUCAGUCACCACUGUUGUCACCAUCGCCAUCCCGUUCCCCUUCUGCUAGCUACCCAAAAAAUUCUUUGUUCCGAUAUGAGAGUGCUCCUGUGGUCAUUCCCACUGGGAGGGAUGGUGGAGGUAGUGGACUGCCUCCUUCUCCAUCUUUCAAGGGUAAACACCAGCUCCCAUCUCAAAACUACAACCUAACCCCAUCGCCUGAUGGAGAUUCAAAUGUAAGGAAGGAUUUGGUCAGGUUUGGUGAAUUUGAGAAUAAUACGGCCAUGCAAAAGGUGCUAUCUUUUGAUAAAUAUGAUUUGGGAUAUUUUCAUGGACUGAAGUUGACUCGGACUGCGAGCAAACUUUUUAUCACGGAUGAACUGGAUGAGCGGGAGUUGGCAUUUGCAUGGGAAGAUAGAGAUAUCAUUAUUGAUCAACUUAACAGGGUUGGUAUCUCGGAUAGGGAGGGCCAAGAGACAAACCAGGACGCUGGAGGCUCGAUGACAAGGACUCCAGCUGCAGGCAUCGGCGCUCUUGUGCGCAUGCUCAAGACGGCCCCGGGCCUCAGGGCAAGCCGCCCAUCAAUCGAAGCUCCUCCCCCAGUUCCUCAAGAAUCUUCAGUUCAGAGGGUCAUGACCGAGGAACACGGCGACAUGGCAUCAAGCUCUGCCUUGCUCCAAUCAAAGACGGCAGCGGACGCACUGGAGGAGCUAAAGAAAUACAAGGCUAUCAGAGAAUCGAUACUGGACCGUGCGAAAGCGUUGCCCCGGGAUGAUGGCAAGAUGGGGGAGAAACCCGCCGAUGGAGAUCCUUAG